AUGAUUGCAGGUUCGGACAGGUGGUUCGACAGCUUCCUGCCGCAAGGCAACCUUACUGCAGCGGAAGACGUGGCUGGACUCGCAGUGAUGGAUAGCUUAUCACAACCACAUCCAAGCCAGAGCAUUACGACCUCCGCCGCCGCAAUGUCGCAUGCAGUUGAGCAAUUACCGGCAAUGCCGCCCACCUCAAACACCCAGCAGCCCAUGUCGUGGCUGUACGAUGGAUGGGACGAAUUCGAAGACAUCUUUGGUCCAUUUGAAGCCGGGCUACCCUCGAAGCGAUCGUACUCGAGACUGUUGAGGCACUACGGCUACACCGAGCCGAAGUGCAUCGACGCUCGCACCAUUGCCUGGUAUCACAAUGCCAUCAGAGCUUUGCGGAAAAACGAACACUGCUGCGGCAUGCCAGUGCACAUAGCGAGCGGCGGAUAUCGUUCUGCCCUCAUGCAGGAUGUCCGGCUUCUCGGCGAGGCUUCAAGCGCCGUGACGACCUGCUGA